CUUGGCGAUAACAGCGUAAACACCUAGAAGCAAAAAUAAAAAACAAGGAAUGUGUGUGCGGGUCACAGUUUACAGCGUAUCUGAGCCCUGUGUGUAUAAACCCCCUAGCGUUUGGUGCAAGCCGAAGGCAAUGAGUCUGCUGCAAAGCGAAGAACGAAAGAAGAUAGGGAAGUGUAAAAGUACCAGAAUGAAACGAAAAAUAGUGAAAUGUAAAGAGAGACAAGAGAGUUUGCUGUUUGAAAUUCUGCUUUGCUGCUCCUGUGUAUUAUUUUUUGGGAACAACGAAAUCAAAAUCGGGCUACUUUUUCGCAGCAGGAAAAUAAUGCACAAGCCUCACCCCUCCCCGCUCUCAGAAUCUCGCUGCCCAGCGCAUGUUGUGGAUUUGCCCGCCAUUGUCGUACAGCAAAAGAGCAGGGAAGCGCAUUUUCUUUUGCGAUUUGAUGUGCUCUGUCUUUGAACAGCGCCAUGCAAAUGUUGACAUGCUUUACUGAAAGCCUCUCUGUUCAAACGACCUCUGAACACAGCAAGCACACGGCCAAUCCAAUCGCCAAGGUAUCUGCGCAAAAAACGGGUGACGGUCUCGCCACACAGCAGAAAGAGGGCUUGUUCAGAACA